UGAAAUGUCAGCUGCAUUUUCGAGUGUGUGGCAAUUGCCAUAUGUUAAUGUGUUCAAACACCUCAAGCUCGACCACCAAGACUGGACGAAAGCCAGUAAAGAAGGUGACGUCACACAUCGAAUGGACAAGGUCAUCAAAUGUAGUGUGUUUAAAAUCAGCGGAUCAGUUCCAGCUAGCAACUUCAUUCUCAUACCCAAGAAAAACACUCCAAGUAUAUCUCUGACUGGAACUUACUUUUACCUGCAGUUCAAACCGCUUCCGACAAAAUAUUUUGUGUUCCAUAUUGAAGUUGUGACCCGAGAUGACCUUGUGAUCAGGAUAUCUGUUUCAAACCUGUUCAAAGAGUUCAAAUGUACGAGUACCUGGAUUCAGUUUCCAUACGCUUACCCGGCUCCAGCCAACUCAGUGGAAGCUGUAACUGCUCCAGGAAACCAAUCAGGUAAUCAUCAUCAACAUCAUCCUGCACCUCCGAACUCUAGAUGGACCUUGCUCUGUCUGAACUUAAAAGAUAUGCUGUCCAAGUAUGUACAGAGACAGUACUCGCAUGUAAAGACAAUUCAGCUGUGCUCGAGCAUGCUUGUGCGAAAUGUGUUCACGUCAGAUACUGACUAUGAUCCGGAAAUAUCUUUCAGAGAAGCGCAGAAACUUGCAGGUCUUCAUAAGGUUUCACCCAUUCCUCGUGAAAUGGCAUUUCCGGUUACUAAAAAUGAAACCUGGAAUGAACUUUACUGUCACGUACGGCUUCCGUCGCUGGCAUCUACACCAUUUGAAACGCGCCAUCACGAGGAGAUUAUGAAAAAUUCUUCAAUUAAUAAACGCGUAGGUGAAUUGAGCUCAGGUGCAUGUAGGCGAAAAAACAUGCUUGACUCAAUACCCUUGAAGCUGAACCAGGAAGCAAAUAAAGCUCGCAACAUUCCACCGAAUAUGAUGGGAGGAGGCGAUGCCGUAGAACUGGUUGCCAAGAAACCAGUAGUGGCAAAAGAAUGUGUUCAUAUUUACCCAAACCUAGAGAGCCCACGAAGCAAAGAAAGAAGUCACGUGGGCGCUGAUAUAGCUACAGAGGCAUCUUUGGUAUCUGAUUAUAGGUCAUCUAAUUCAAUGGGCAGCAGACAACAAAGUCGUUCGGAGUUCAAAACGUCACUCAAACCGGACCCGAUAGCACAACUAAGUCGGGUGAUUGGCGCCAACUCGCACGAGUACCCCAACUCAGUUUGCUGGGCUGCAAAUGACUCAAACUUAGUUUACUCGUCUAGUGCAGUUGUAGUUUGUGUCGACGUUUCUACCGAUCUUCAGCGAUUUUUCGUUGGUCACACAGAAAGCGUGACUUGCUUAGAUGUCAAUAGUAACUCGACGGUGCUGGCUUCAGCCCAAAGUGGUAUGCACUCGAUGGUUCGAUUAUGGAAGUUCAACAACGCACAGCUCAUUACUGUGUUUAGAGCACCCGAAGCCGAACUUGGAUCUCUUGAAUUUAGUUCGGACAGUUCUUUGCUAUGCGGCACUGGAAACGACUCACACGGCAAAUCGGUCAUAUGUUUAUGGGAUGUAUCUUCAGUGACAAAAAACUACGACGCACCUCUUAUUGCCAAAGCGCAUGCUGAUGUCGAUAUUGUGGCACUCAAAUUGAACUAUUUCACAUCGACUAAAAUGGUAUCUUGUGGACGUGAAAACAUUCGUUUCUGGCGCUUGAAACAAAGAUCAUUGCGAUCUUGUCCUGUUGUAUUGGGAGAUUACACUUCCCAAAACUUCACUGACAUUGCUUACAUGUACAGUUUCUCGAAAACCAAUGAAAAUGAAGAACCUAAAUCGGUUCUCUGCUGUACCAGUUCAGGUUAUGUUUUCGAAAUUGACGUUGAAGGUGUCGCAGUUCGUGCAAUCAGAAGACUAGUUGAUUCGAGUAUUCAAGAGAAAGCUGUCAACUUGAACAGUCUUUAUGUGACGUCACAGUAUUGUGUCAUUGGAUCGCGUGACGGUUUCUUACGAGUUUGGAGUCUAGACUUUGCGUCAGUUCUGUUAGAAUACGAGCACAGUUCGGAAGUUAUCCUUGCAAAGCCGAACCGAAAAGGCGACAAAGUUUGCUCGGUUACAGUUUCAAAUCAAAUCGGAGUUUUGAAUAUAGUAACAAGAGAGUUCAUCGCGUUUCAGAGCUAUCCUAAAAAGUAUAUUACAAGUUGCGAUGUUUCGAAUGAGAAACUAAUUGCAGUAACGGCUGCGCUUGACCAGCAAAUAAAUGUGUGGGAUUUACACACGGGAAAUUUGACGCACAAUUUUCACUCGACUUCAGACGCGCCUCUGAUUGUGGCGUUCCAUCCUAGUUACGAUUGGAUAAUUUGUGGGUUUGAAUCAGGCGCCUUGAGAGUUCUUGACAUGCAAACUGCUCAUUUUAUUCACGAGUUCCCCGAUGCUCUGAAAGGGCAAGUCACUGGACUUGUUGUUCGUCACUGUGGUCGCCAAUUCCUAGCCUCGUGUAGUUUGGGUAUUUUGGGUUCGUUCGCCAUUGACCCCAAAUUUGCUAUUCAGCGAUUACUUCCUUCAAGUUUGCCCAAAGGAAAAAUUAAAAAGCAAACUUUGAGUCUAAGCAAAGACGGGCUUCGUUGUGUUUACAUUGGACCCUCUGAGUAUAUAGUUAGUGUGAUUGAUAGCAAAACUUUGGACGAUUUGAUGAGAAUAGACAUUACACAGUUAAGUUUAGAGUACCUGAACAGAGGAGUGAUAGAAAAAGGAGUGACUGUCAAAUUCUCGGAGACUCAUAUCUUACUCGUAACAACAUCUGGAAACUUGUAUUUUCUGGACUUAGCAUCUGGGAAACGUCUGAAUAUGAUCAAUGUUCAUAAAGAAUCUUGUAAUGCGUUAGCAGUUGGCGGCAAUGAUGAAUACUUUUUCACGUCCGGUGAAAAAGUGCUAAAAGUCUGGGAUUACAAGCUCCGUUUUGAUGUCAAUUUCCAGAUGUUGAUGGGUCAUAUUGAUGAAGUGAACAGCAUUCAUUUUGUUAGGAAGUUGAAUACAAUUAUAUCCGUCGGAGACCACUUGUGCAUGUGGCGACUUAGAGAUAGUUCACCUUUGAUGUCAGAAUCUGAGAAUAAAAUCUCGCAUAGAGUUGAGAAAUUACCAUCAAAAGUAGCUAAUAUUAAUGAUGAAUUCAAGGUACAAAGUAAAGACAUGAUGCGUCUUGACGCUGAUCAUACAUCAGAAACGGUGUCGAAUCUUCUAACGAAAUCAUCGGAAAAUAAGCCCAGAAAGUUUGCCCCAGAGCCGGUGCCUGCGCCUCCUGAUUUGAGUUCCAUUGCUGGCCACAAUGAUUCAAUUGUUAGUGAACUGGAAAUUCUAAACAUUUCGGACAAUGAGUUAAAUACAAAUGACAAAACACCUCCGAAACGAAAAGUUGCAGAACGGGAAAAUUCAAUCAGAAAUGGAGAAGUCUUAGUGGUUUCUGAGAUAGCAAAAAGGUCCAAUGAAACACAGAAAUCAAAAGCACCGACUUGUUUUAAUCACUUUCGAAGGAAAGAAAAGGUUUCAAAAGUUGCCGCAGUUCAUUACUCGGCGCCCGAAAAUCAAGCGGGCUUGAAAUUGAAGUCGCUAAUAGCAUUUAACGGAAACGCAAGAGAUAACAUCCUGUGGCGGACGGAACCAGGUUUGGUCUACUAUACAUCGGGGAUUUCAAUUGUGAUUGAAGACCUGGCCUCAAAUGAGCAGAGAAUUCUGAAAGGUCACGUGAGUGAAAUAUCGACUCUGGCAAUUCAACCUUCAGGCCAAUUGCUAGCUAGUGCAGCGGGUGAAAGCGAAGAGAUACCAUGUCAAAUUAUAGUUUGGGAUCUGACAACUUCGACAUGCCACAAAGUGAUACCAUGUGCAAAUAGAGAGAUUAUUGCAAUGAAAUAUUCAAACGAUGGCCGAUUUCUGGUGUCUCUCAGUGAUUUUACUGACAAGUGUGUUUAUGUUUGGAAUUCGCUCUCAAUGAAUCUUUUACUUUCUUCUAAAUUAGACUUCGUCGCUAAUUCGGUUGCGUGGGACUGUGACUCACCUUUGGAGUUCUGCAUCGUCGGCAGUGACUGCUCGGUUUCGUUCUGGAUCUUGGAGGAAUCGGCAGACACAGAUGGGGAUUGUGAAGCCGAAUACUCUCUAUCCUAUCAUCACUCGGAAGUUCCGACUGAAGUAGCUAAACAUCGACGCGAUAGUAGAAGCGUGAAGGAUGGUCACGCCUUUGUGUCUCUAUGCUACGCUGGGUUGAGUAUUCUCUACAUUGGUUCGGAUCAAGGGGUUGUUGCAGCAUGGGAUACUAGGAGCAACAAGUGUUACAUGCACUGGAUAGCGGGUCAAGCUGAGAUAACCCAUAUCUCUGCACUCGGAUCCAGACUUAUUACUGGAUCUGUGGACCACAAACUGAAACUAUGGACUGUUAUGACCUCCAACUCGAAUCAGCCGACCAGAAUUUCUUCUGAGUCAUCGCGAGUUCCAGGAAAUGGACUGAUUAUGGAGGACGAGUACACUUUAUCAGGUGAAAUCACAGGCGCAUCAUUCGACGACAAUUUAGAGCUGGGACUUGUAGGAACUUCUGAUUGUCUGAUUUGGUACAUCAAUUGGCUAGAGCGAAACACAGUUCGCCUGGUCAGUGCAAACAACUCUGAUAUAACGUGCACCAAGUUUUGCGGUCAUGAGUCAAUAGCAGUCGGUUGCUCAGAUGGUGGUGUGAAAUUGUUUUCUACCACAGAUAACGAGUUGCUGGUACAUUUCAAAACGAGAAAACCAGUUUCUUGUUUAGAGUAUUUUGAAUUGUCUUCAAAGCGCGAAGUGAACAAACUAAUUGUAGCUGGGUUUUCAGACGGAAGUGUCACAGUCUUUGAUGUGAACAAAUCAGAAGUUUUGAAAACGAUAACAGUUCACACAGAAACUGUGAAUAGAAUCUCGAUCUCAGCUGGUAAAAAUUUCAUUUUGUCAGCUUCCGAAUCAGGUGCAGCGGCUUUAAUUGACUCGUCAUCAUUUGUCAUCUCUAGAAUGUUGUCGGACCAUAAGGGUUCACCAAUUUCAGACAUAAGUUUUUCUCCUUUUAUAACUGGCGAUAAAGAGUAUUUUGCAAUUGCGAGUUUCGACCGACGAAUCUCAAUUUGGCAAAGUAGUUGGAAUAAAGAGCGAUGUGUGUUAUGCGAUUGGGUUACAUUUUCAGGGCCAUCUUUCGAAGGUCAAAAUAUGAAAAAGUUACCUACUGUUGUUGAGUUUAGUCGAUCAGAGAAGGAUAUUGUUCUAUAUUCGGGAUAUUUGAGCUGUAAAGCCAUCCGGUUUUACAGCAUGCGAGAGCGCAGAGUCCUUCGAGAGAUUGAGAUAGAUUCCCACCCAACUUUCAUUACUCUCUCGCCGAAGGGAAAUCUGAUUUGCAUGGGUACUGAUUCCUGGUUGUUGAAGCUUGUCGAUUACUUAGAAGGAAGUUUUCAAGAUUUCCUAAUCCACUCACAGCGUGUCAGCGCUGCUAAUUUUGGGGAAGACAAUUCAAUGCUAGUGUCUUGCGCUGGAAAUGAAAUAGUCAUAUGGAAAGUUUCACUGUAAAAAGAAUACUUACAAAGUUCAGAAUCACAGAAGUGCCUUAAUAGACUCAUGGAUUACUUGAAGAACUUGCCUUGUAGAUUGUAUUGUGUAAAUAUUUUGUAGUGUAAAUAGUGUUUCUUGUCAUCAGUUUUACCUAGUUGCCAAUUUCAA